AUGGGUAUUUCUAGAGAUUCUCGUCAUAAACGUGCUGCCACUGGUGCCAAAAGAGCUCAAUUCAGAAAGAAGAGAAAGUUCGAAUUAGGUAGACAAUCUGCUAACACCAGAAUUGGUACUAAAAGAAUUCACACUGUUAGAACCAGAGGUGGUAAUAAAAAAUUCAGAGCUUUAAGAAUCGAAUCCGGUAACUUCUCUUGGGCUUCUGAAGGUAUCUCAAGAAAAACCAGAAUCUCUGGUGUCGUUUACCAUCCAUCUAAUAAUGAAUUAGUUAGAACUAAUACUUUAACUAAAUCUGCUAUUGUCCAAAUUGAUGCUACUCCAUUCAGACAAUGGUAUGAAACUCACUACGGUAAAUCUUUAGGUAAAAAACAAGCUACCGAAGAAGAAGAAGUUAAAAGAUCUAAAAAAGCUGAACGUAAAUUAGCUUCUAGAUCUGCUUCUGCUUCUAUUGAAAGUGCUGUUGACUCUCAAUUCGGUGCUGGUAGAUUAUACGCUGCUAUUUCUUCUAGACCUGGUCAAUCCGGUAGAUGUGAUGGUUACAUUUUAGAAGGUGAAGAAUUAGCUUUUUACUUAAGAAGAUUAUCUGCUAAGAAAAACUAA